AUGGCCGACCUUAACAUAGUGAACGCUAGGCGACCUCGACAAUUUCGCAGGAUAGAUAGACAAACGGACGAAGACAACGACGAGGAAGUACGUAAACGGUAUGGAUUCACUCCGCACAACAUAGACAGAUUGGAACGACUGAUAGGCCACAGACUUGAGCGACCGACUCGCAGAAAUCAACCCUUGACAACACGGCAACAGAUUAUGAUUGCUUUACGUUUUUACGCUACUGGGAAUUUUUUACAAAUAAUAGGGGAUACAUUUGGGGUAGAUGUUGCCACGGUUUCAAGGGUUGUAACUGCAGUGACCGACUGUAUUUUUGACAUGAAGGACAGCGCGAUUCAAUUUCCGACGACAGACAGACAUAGACACAGGACUAAGACUGGAUUUCAUGCCAUAAGGGGAUUCCCGUCCGUGAUAUCAGCGGUAAACGGAACGCACGUAAGAAUACAAACGCCCAGUGAGGACGAGGAGCAGUAUGUCAAUAGAAAACAUUUUCACAGCAUUAACGUGCAAGCCAGCUGCGACCAUAGAGGUGUAUUUACAAGCAUAAAUGCCAUCUGGCCGGGCAGUACGCACGAUGCCCAUGUAUUUAGGACCUCGGAAUUGUUCCACUUCAUGGAAACACAUCAUCAUGGCCUUGAAGAUGGCAUACUGCUAGGGGACAGUGCCUACCCUUGCAAGCCUUACAUGCUUACCCCAUACCUGCACCCAGCAAAUGAAGCACAGCAACAUUUCAAUGAUGCGCACUGCUCCACAAGAAAUGUUAUAGAAAGAGCCUUCGGUGUAUUGAAGAGGCGAUUUCAUAUACUACAUACAGAGAUCCGGAUGAAGCCACUGAAAGUAAGUAAGAUUGUGGUAUGUUGUGUUGUAUUACACAACCUUGCAAAGCUGUGGGGAGAACCCGAUGAAUUUCCGCCCGAGGAUGACCAGCAGCCCCCUACUGUUCUGAACCAUGACGAUGACAUGUCCGGAAAGGCAGUUCGGGAGUACAUUACAAUGCAAUACUUCAGUUGACAAGGAACAUUUGACAAGGAUGGAGACCACUUUCAUGAUCAUCAAUUUCCAC